CACAAUCAGGCGACCACUCACUCCCCCCCCGUCGACCGUCCUUUGCGGCUUUUGAAGCAGCGGGUCAAACAACGACGCUAACGCUGGAGCUAUAAAAUUAACAACGGGGGCUCCCGUAUAAAACGCCGCAGCAACCUGAGCAGACAGCGCAGUGUGAUCACUUACGCCUCUCUCUGAAACGUCUUUCUGUUUUGGAGAAGUGUAAAUUGAUCUCCCCCCACCACCACCCACCAUCCUCCCAAAGAACCACUGCUGCCGCCGAAUCCGCCAAAAAAGAAAUUAUCCCCAAAUCGAAGCAAAUAUGGUGCAAAACAAGAUCACCGAGGUGACUGGGUUCCACCGCUCCUUCAAGGGCCAGAAUCCCUUUGAGUCGGACGACUUCACCAAAAAUGGAUCCCAUCUUAUAGAUUCGUCAUUUAAUUUUGAUUCAUCCCCAAGACAUGACAUACCCUCCAGCCAGCCUAUUGACAUCCCCGAUGCCAAGAAGAGAAACAAGAAGAAAAAGCGUUGCCGGGCAACUGACAGUUUCUCUGGACGAUUCGAGGAUGUCUACAGGCUCCAUGAAGAGUUGCUUGGAGAGGGGGCUUAUGCCAGAGUGCAGACAUGCUUCAACCUCAUCACCAACAAGGAGUAUGCUGUCAAGAUCAUUGAGAAGAGACCGGGUCACAGCCGCAGCCGUGUCUUCCGUGAGGUUGAGAUGCUCUAUCAGUGCCAGGGCCACAGUAAUAUCCUGGAGCUGGUGGAGUUCUUUGAAGAGGAAGACAAAUUCUACCUGGUGUUUGAGAAGCUUAGAGGAGGGUCGAUCUUGGCACACAUUCACAAGAGACGGUACUUCAGUGAGCAGGAAGCCAGUGUUGUUGUGCAGGACAUUGCCAGCGCACUAGAUUUCCUGCAUAAUAAGGGAAUGGCACAUAGAGACCUGAAACCUGAAAACAUUCUCUGUAAGAGUGCAGAUAAGAUUUCCCCGGUCAAGAUCUGUGACUUUGACCUGGGCAGUGGGAUCAAGCUGAACAGCGACAGCUCACCCAUCUCCACCCCUGAGCUCCUCACUCCUUGUGGCUCAGCAGAGUACAUGGCGCCUGAGGUGGUUGAGGCCUUCAGUGAGGAGGCCACAAUUUAUGACAAGCGCUGUGACCUGUGGAGCCUUGGCGUCAUCCUCUACAUCAUGCUGAGUGGCUAUCCACCGUUUGUGGGCCGCUGUGGUGGUGACUGUGGCUGGGAAUUAGGGGAGCCCUGCCACACCUGCCAGAACACACUGUUUGAGAGUAUCCAGGAAGGAAAAUACGCGUUUCCAGAGAAAGACUGGGCUCACAUCUCCUCAAGUGCCAAAGACCUAAUAUCCAAACUUCUGGUUAGGGAUGCCAAAAACCGCCUGAGUGCCAGCCAGGUGCUGCAGCACCCCUGGGUGCAGGGGGGUGCAUCUGACACUUUAUCAACAUCUAUCCUGCAUCAAAGAACCAGCAUUGCCAGGGAUCUGACAUUCUUCGCUGACAAGGCCAUGGCUGUGAACCGGCAGCUGGCUGAACAAGAUGGCAUAGAAGACCAGCAGCAGCAGGAAGUCCCGUUUGUUGUCACCGCUACAGGCUCUUCUAUGCGCCUCUCUCCUCCUUCCAACUCCAAGCUGGCUAGGCGCAGGGAGCAAAACAGCCAGCUCAAGGGAGGGCCCGUCUCUGCUGCAGAGCUCCGUCAUCUCCUGGCCCCUCUCGUUAUGGGAGACUGUGCCUGAACUUUGUCAAACGUGACCUCCGACCUUCCGUUAAGAAUUAAGUCUGGAUCGAAGACUAACCUGAGACUCUUUCUCCCCAAUCCUAGCCCCCCCUCUCUCACUCUAGCUGGCCUUGGUUCCUCUGCCAUUCAGGCUUUUUUGCCUCGCUGUAAAGGGAGAUGCCCUUCCUCUAAAUGCCUUCUGCCCUCCUGCAGCACUUCUGAAGCACAUCAGCCCAGGGCCUGCAACACACACACACACACACACACACACACACACACACACACACACACACACACACACACACACACACACACACACACACACACACACACUUGCAUUUUGAGAUUGGAGAGGGCCAGUUCAGGAUUUGGGAAAGAAGAGUUUUCUAAGUUAUGUUCUUUUUUUCCUUUUUUAUUUUUUUUCAUAAAACUCAGUUCAGAAGACAGCAAAACACUUAUCUUCGAAACUAAGCUCAGACACCAAAGGACAACCUGUUGUGCUGCUCCCACGUUACAACUGGACCCACUGUGAAUUAAGUUAUCUGGAAUGUUUUCUUUGCCUGUAUGUAUAUGCAUGAAUGGCCCAUCUGCACAUAGGUACAAGUUAUGCAAUAUGCCAAGAUGAAGGCUGUUCUUGUCUCGAAAGGGAUUCAGUACAAGGGGUUGGAAGCCAAUGCUGUCCGUGCCUGGUGCGGUCCAUUUAUAUGCCUCGGGACUUCAAAGCUUUUUGUCUCCAUUUUAAGAUAAAUUCCUCAACAGAGUCUCUGUAAAUGUCUGAGAUAAAACACGCACUCAUCCAGCUUGAUGGCCACGCACUUAAUGCUCCGAGAGCAAAGAAUGUUUGUACCCAGCUAUGACUUACUGUUGCACCCAUUCAUACAGUCUAUCACAUGAACAUAUAUGCCAAAUUAUCUGUGGCUACAUCUUUCAGUGUUUGAGACCAUCAGCCAAGUUUAAUAGUUUUGAAUUAAACUAUUCUACUUGUGUUAUGAUGCAUGGCCACCUCAAAACUAGAUGUGUGAGCUAGUGCUGAAGUAUAUCUGGUAUGUUGGUACAAGUUUAUUGUUAAAUGGCUUGGAGGGUGGAAUUGGGUCUGUGUUACUUUCAUUGUAAAGAAUUUAUGACAUAUCCCCUUGCCACAACCAGAACUUGUAUUUUUGUUUCUACAAAUUUAAUUGGUGAGUUUGAUUUAACCUUGAAUAUUUUUUUCAGUAAAGGUUAAAACUCCUUUCAGGGGUUUGACAAGCACAUUUUGGCCAACACGACCCAUGUGUCAUUUGUUGAUCGAUAUCUGGACCACCCCUCACAAAAGGUUCACCAUUGUGUUUUUUUGUUAAAUUUUUUGAGAGACACCCCUUUCAAAAUAUUAUAAAUUCUCAUUACAAAAUAAGUCAGAUGAGGUUUUUUUUUUUUUUUUUUUUUUUCAAAAAAAGCAUAAAAAAGGAAAAACAUUCCAAAAAAAGAAAAACAACAAAAAAGUCUUCCACAGACAUGUAGCUGUAUUAAGUUUACUUUAUUUUUCAGGUUUGAAAACUCCAUGUCAUUGUGCCACACUGAUUUUUAUUUUUUUUCCUUUUUUUUUGUAUGGCUGUUAAUAAGCUUAUUUUCUAUAUGGUGAUUUUCAUGCAGGUGCUGUUAAGUUCAGGUGAAACACCGGAUGUUUCCUUGUUUUGUUCAGAGUAUGAGGUGAGAUGGAAAGAGUUUGUCUAGUUGAUCUGGAGCGUUCAUGCCCAGUGAAGGAGAGCUUUUAAGUAUUUUUUUCUUUUUUUUUUUUCUAUGUGCAAGAGUUGGCAAUAAUUUUUUUUAUUUUUUAUUAAUUCAGAUUAAGUUAAAGCUCAUUCUGUAACUUGCAGGAAAUGGACUGGUGAUUAAGUCUCACAACACUAGCCAUUUCACCAAAGAGGGUUCACGUCGUGACAUUGAACAUGUGAUCAUCACCUAGCAGUUAGAAGUGCAGACUUCUGAUUGUCCAUUUCCUGUUGCCAGCAAUGCUGCGACGGUACUCUGGAAAUUGCUCUCUUGGUGUCAUUAUGCUGAUAAUAGGACACUGUAAUAGUUCUAAAACCUUUCUACAGAUGCAUCAUUAUGGGGGUUUUAUGUCUUAUAAUAAGACUUACUUGAAUUUGUGUAUGCAGCUGUUUCUUCUCCAUUUGGGAAACUACUUUGCUAUUGGUAAUCUCAAAGCAUUAAGCUGAUGAUCAAGGUAAUCUUGGGGUUUUGAAAAUACCUAUACAGUUCAGUAUUCUGCCUUCUUCUCCCUAUUGAGCAUCAAACGAGUUGGUCCCUACUUUUUUGAUAGGGUUGAAUACUCAAACGCACAGAUUUUGGCUGUACUCUGUAAUAUCCUCAAUGGUAUAAGAGUUUUCUUGGUCAUGACCAUUUCUACAUUUGUCAAAUGGCAGUAGCUUUUUUUUGGACUGUCUUUUACUGGGGGGGGGGACAACAGGACAAAGUUAUAUCCUUAAGCCUCGCAAUUUUUAUAUUGUACGUCGUUUUGAAGUAAGGAAGUGUUAAAACCCUGUCAUUCAUUCAAAUGGACAGUCCAUCAACCUCCCCAUGAUUUGAAUGUAGCCCACAGGCAAAAGCAUUUGCAAUCCAGCAACAUUGAUCAGAUGUUUUAUAAAAGGUUCAUUUCAUGAACACUGUGUGGGGUCAUUCUAAAUUGAUUCAGUCCUCAAUUCUUUAAUGAAGAGUGGAGAUUUUAACACUGUCUGGAUCACCCCAAGCCCAUUGUGUUCAUGGAAAGAAAUUUAAAAUAAAUACAUCCUUUAAAUACAAAAAUAUUUUUGAUUUAAAAUAAGCACUUUACUGUACCAUGUGAAUGAUUGCAGUUCACUCAAGGCAACAUUUAUGACAGUUGCUACAGAAUUUUGUAUUGUUUUUCUAAAAAAAAAAAAAAAAAAAAAUGCAAUAAAAUGCUUUGAACUACACAUUUGUCU